AUGUACAAAGCAGUGGAUAUAUGGGACAAAUUUUUUCAAAUCUUGGCUACACUAGGGGCUAUGGUAAUUGCAUAUGUCAUUCUCAACUUUGAAGAAACACAUUUCAGUGUAGAAAAACGUGAAAAAUCUGAAAAAUUAGAUUUGAAUUUAAUUAACCGUAUAAAUUUUGAGUUGCUACUAAAAGACCCUCCAGAGACAAGAUAUAUAGUAGUUAAGGCCUCAGAAAAUCAUGUAUCGUCCCAUGCUCUAAUGACUAAUUUGGCCACCAUAUUGUCCAACAAGCUCGCAACAUCCAGGCAACAAAAUUUGGAGAAUAUUAGAGAUUUGACUAAAUUUAUCCCGCAAAUAUUAGAGCACAGAAAUGCAGUACUUUAUUCGGUUGGCAAUGACACCGUUACAGUAUGCAUGAAGCUGUUAACGGAAUUGUUGGAGGACAUGGAAAUCGUAUACCACGUGCCGCAUAAUAGGACAACGCUAGAAAAACUAAUCUCAAUGAAAACGUGCGAUUUGUUACAGAAUAAUAAUGUAGAGCAGUUUAUACACUUGAAUCCAUUUGUGAAAAUCGACAGUAAAUAUGAACGUAACAACAUAUACUCGACUAACCUUAUAAGAUUGAUGGUAAAAAACGCCGUGUAUGAGUAUAUUGAAAAAAUAUCAUCACGAUUUGGCAAAGUUUAUGGUUUGUGGUGGAAGGAAGAAGUAUCAAAUGCAGUGACCCGCAUAUUCAUAAGGAAUAUGGAAAAUAAUGAAGUGAGUACCCAAAAUCUGAGGCAAUUUGGGGAAGAACUUGAGGCUACGCUAACUUCAUUGGGGCAAUUCAUAUUUCUUGACAUCAACAAAGAUGACAGACUGUCAUCGGAUGAACUGAUGCACAUAUUCGAAGUGCCCAAUGCGGAAAUUAGCUUACCCUUCAUAUUUUUAUUGUUUAAAAUUGCAACCUCCAGAUAUAGUUUCACAAUCAGCAUGAUUGACUUCAUAAUCUUCAACUUCUCCCUGCGCAUUACAGAUGAUGCCACCAGUGCGCAACUGUGUAAUAUUGUUCGCCUUUAA